GUGUACAAUCAGAUGUUCAGCGCCAAGAAGCCCCCGGCUGGCACGAUUGGCUCUUGCGAUCUGACCAGGAAACCGUCGAAGCGUUUCGGGUCCUACUUGCACGUGGACGCCCUGCCCUGCAUGACCACGAAGUCGCACUACCUCUGGCUCCUCGGAGCCUCGCCGAACAAGGUGUGGGGCGAGGGCCGCUUCAUGACUUUGGCGGAGCGCUGCCAAGCGAUGGGGUUCGUUCCAGAUUCGCUCGUUGGUGUGAUCAGGGCUUCGACGAUUGUGAUUGCGCUCGGAAAUACUAUGCCUGUUCCCACGAUUGGCCGCGUCAUGGUUCCGAUUCAUCGCCUUUUGAAAUUGUUCGAGGACGCGACCGAGACCUUCCGCGUGGUUCCUUGGUUCCUGCGGUUGCCCCCGCUCGUGGAUGAUCAGCAGGCGCUCGACAAUGAGCAGACUGUCGGCAACGUCCAGGUCGCGGACUGGGCCAAGAGGUUGCCCCCCGUCGCCGUGUUCCAGAGCCCCCCCAAGCUGCGGAGGGUGGGCGAGCGCUCGGAGGGCGCAGCAGAGGCUCCAGGGCAGCAGAAGUUGACCGCGUUCUUCAAGCG